AGAAUCUUGGGUCUAAUGGCGGCAAUGAUUUCACGAAGGUUAAGGUUAGCCUCUUCCCUCCUAAAGCACUCUCAAUCUUCUUCAACGAAUUAUUUGUUCAAAAACCCUAAAGUCCCAAUCUUCGAACCCUUUCAAACCACAAUCCCCAGUCCACGAUUCCUUUUCAACCCCCGUCCCUUUUCUACCUUAAAUUCGACGAACCCAUUCCUUCCACAGGCAAUAGCAACACCGUGCAGAUUUUUCUCAACCAAAGAACCAUCAUCAUCAUCAGAUUCUGAUAACCCCAGCCCAAGCCCGUACCCAAGCCAAAACCCGAACUUCAAGCACCAAGAGAUCGAUGGGCCCACGGUGGAACGUGACCUCUCACCCCUAGCGAACGAGACGCGAGAGGUUCUAGAAACGAUGAUGAAAAACAUGUACGGUUUGAGCAGAAUCGUGGCGGUUAUGGGUCUGGUUCAGCUUGCGCUUGGCGCGUGGAUCACGUACAUAUCUAAAUCUGAGCCACGCGUGGAGGUUUCGGUGCAGAGUCUUGUGGCGUUUGCGUUUCCGUUUUCGUUGGCGUUUAUGCUGCGGCACUCGCUGAAGCCAAUGCAUUUCUUUAAGAAGAUGGAGGAACAGAGUCGGUUGCAGAUUCUCACGCUCACGCUCCAAGUCGCUAAACAGUUGAACGCGCUCUUUGUUAGGGUUCGUGGGGUUUCGAUUCUCUGCGUUGCGGGUGUUGCUGUUGGGGUGGGGUAUGCUCUGCUUUCAAGAUGGAGCUGA